GCCGCCGUGCAGUGCGAGAGUCGGGAACGCGCAACUGCAGCAGAUCGCCAGUCUGUCGCGCGCGCAGAGGGGCGGGCGGGGGAGCGCGCGCGAGUGCUCUUCAUCACUGCUCAUCCAGAAAUUCACCAGGAGGACCGGGACCGGAGAUCGGUUUGGAGGAACCCAGAACCCAACUGGAUCGCUUCGGAGAGCCUCCAGAACCGGAGAACCGCAGGCGAGGCUCGGAAAACCCACCGCACCCAAACGCACCGGGCCAGGUGAGCGAGGAGGAACCAGCGAUCCGCAGAGAUUCGGGUCCGGAUCUGAGCCCGGAGCCGCAGAGGCGCAGCGCGGAUUUUUGGCUUUUUAUUAUUAGCGGUAUUUAUUUUUUACUCGCCUCGGAACCGCAGCGGUUCUGUAGAGGCGGCGACUGAAGCCGGAGAGCAGCUGGGGGAGGAGCGGCUGUCGGUGCGCGGAGCUCCGGGGACCGAGUGGAUCAUCCAUGGGUUAGACCCGGACUGGUGGUCCACAGCAGCCUGCAGAACCCAGGAGGGUCCAAUCUUACCUGCACGCACCUGCGCUCCUGACCCGACCUGCAGGGGCCGAAUGAUGUAGGCGCCGCUGCCCCAGCAGCAGCUACCGAAUCCCGAGUCUCAGCAACCCACCCAGGUCUCUGGACCCCAGGUCUCAGCCCCCCAGGUCCCCGGUCCAGAGAAGAACCAUGCCGGCGGGGAUGAAACCGCUGGAGAAGUUCCUGAAGAAGCAGACCACCGCGCUGACGCGGGCCGGGGGUUUCGGCGGGGUGGGGGACAAGGCCAGCGGUGGCACCGGGGCGUCCCGCAGGAGGGCCAGCCUGUCCCGGGUCGUCCCGUUCUUCAGGGAGACCUCACCUGAAAGCGGCCACGCGCGGGAGGUGUUCAGCCCUGACAGCGAGGACCCCCCGUCCUGGCCCUCCGCUGCAGGAACCGGGCUGGCCUCAGUUCCGUGCAGCGCCAACGGCUCCUGCUCCGGUUCUGGUUCUGGAUCCGGAUCUGGAUCGGGUUCCGGUUCUGGAGGAGGAGACGUCCGCAGUCCGUCUCUGUCCAGCGACGAGCAGAGCUCCGAGGCGAGCCUGAUCACAGAGAGCAGCGGAGGAGGAGGAGGUUCUGGAUCCGGUCCAGGAGGAGGAGGAGGGACGCCUCUUCAUCCCGACACUCCAGAUAACCUGACGUUAGCAGUUCUGGACGGGGUGGCGGGAAAACGGUUCCGACACUGUUCAGAAACCCUGCUGGAUGACUUCAUGUUGACACAUCCCAUCUUCCUGACGGCCGACAGGCUCCAGCAAGUCCUGCUGCAGCAAUUCUCCCUGGAGGCCGAGGGGGGCGGCGGCGAGCGGCGGCGGGACGGCGAGGCCGAGGCGGCCAUGAGCGCCGCCGAGAGGAAGCAGGCGGUGCUGAACAUGGCCUUCCGCUACCUGGACACCUACAGAGAGCUGCUGCAGGAGGAGGGAGAGCGCAGCAACAGCUUCCCCAAGGAGCUGUACUUGUGUGCGGUUCAGGAGCUGACCCGGUAUCCUGAGCUGGUGGAGGACGUCCUGAAGCUGCAGCGAUGGUCUGAGAUCCUGCACUGCCCCUCCGACGAGGAGAAAGAGAGCAGGAAGAAGCAGGUCCGUCCGCUGUUCAGACACUUCAGACGUAUCGACGCCUGCCUGCAGCCUCGUGAGGCCUUCAGAGGCUCAGACGAAAUCUUCUGCAGGGUCUACACCCCGGAUCACUCCUACGUCACCAUCCGGAGCCGCCUGUCCUGCCGGGUCGGAGAGAUUCUGGCGCUGGUCAAAGAGAAGCUCCAGUACAGCGAGGACCAGCCAGUCCAGCCUGGGAACCUCAUACUGGUGGCCGUCACCUCGGCUGGAGAAAAAGCCGUGUUUCGCCCCAGCGACGAGGCCGUCUUCACCACGCUGGGCGUCAACACCCACCUGUUCGCCUGUGAACCCUCUGAGCUCGACUCUCUGCUUCCUCUUCCUGAGGAGAUCCACUGGACGCCCGGCGACAGCAAACUUCACGACAUGUCGGCGGAGGAAGUGGCCAAUCAGCUGGUGGUGUUCGACUGGGAACUUUUCAGCUGCGUUCAUGAGGUAGAGUUCAUCUGUUACGUAUUUCACGGUGAGCAGUCGCGCUGGCGCCCCCUCAACCUGGAGCUGGUACUGCAGCGCUGCAGCGAGGUGCAGCACUGGGUCGCCACAGAGAUCCUGCAAUGCCAAUCGCUGCCGAAGAGGAUCCAGCUGCUGCGCAAGUUCAUCAAGAUCGCAGCGCUCUGUAAACAGCAGCAGGACCUGCUGUCCUUCCUGGCGGUGGUUCUGGGUCUGGACAACCCGAACGUCAGCAGACUGCGGCUCACCUGGGAGGGUCUUCCAGGAAAGUUCAGGAAGCAGUUCCAGCAGUUCGAAAGCAUCGCUGACCCGUCCAGGAACCACAAGUCCUACAGAGACCUGAUCACCAGCCUGAGACCCCCGCUGAUCCCGUUCACCCCGUUGCUGCUGAAAGAUUUGACGUUUCUUCACGAAAGUUGCAAAACGUUCCACGGAGAACUUGUCAACUUUGAGAAGAUGCAUAAAGUGGCUGAAAUGGUGAGAACCAUCAGACGGUACCGCAGCUCCCAGCUGGCCAUAGAUACAGAGACGUCCCCCUCCCACCUGCAGACGAAGGCCUACGUCCGUCAGCUGCAGGUGAUCGACAACCAGAACCUGCUGUUCGACAUGUCCUGCAAGCUGGAGCCCAAAGACACGUAGAGGGACGAAGGAGCGGCUAGGAAGAGGAGGAGGUUCACGACCCGGACGUUAGAUUUACACCUGCUCCUCUUCAUCAUAUAAUAUAAAACAUUCUGCCACACCUCCAAACCUGGAGACCCAGAACUCUGGUUUCAUUCGUCUGUUUCUGGUCGUCUCUGCAGGAUUCUGUAGAACCAGAACCGACCCGAAACCUAAGCAUUGGUUUCUAACACACAGCUGGAACACAAGUGGAGUUAUGGCUCCUCCACAAUCCAGUUUACCUAGUGGAAUCACAUAUUUAUUCAUAUUUACCUCAAAUUCUGCGUAUUUUCAGCUGCAGUAGCAGAAAAUCAGUGACGCUUCUGAGGGGGGCUCAGUGGGGCAAUGGACCCCUUCUGGAAAAUGGUUGCCACCCUGACGCACUCCCAGAGAAUCAUCUUUAUGUUAUAAAAAGGCAUAAAAUGGCUUU